AUGGAAGGAUAUGACACCGCCUUGCUCGGAAACUUUUUCGCGUAUCCAGAAUUCGCGAAGAAAUUUGGCAGCUACGAUCCUACCACCGAGACCUACCAAGUGCCUGCUCGCUGGCAAGCGGGUCUCGGCAAUGCGGCCGGAGUUGGCGCUUUCUUCGGAGCAAUGCUGAACGGCCUACUAGUCGACCGUUUCGGGCAGAAAAUGGUGCUCCUCUGCUCCCUGGUGGCUCUUUCAGCAUUUAUCUUCAUUGUUUUCUUUGCUUCUAAUGUUACGAUGCUGCUUGUUGGCGAGAUCUUGUGUGGCUUGCCCUGGGGGAUCUUUGCAACUUCAUCUCCUGCAUACUCGUCAGAAGUCUUACCGCUCUCACUACGAGUCUAUCUGACAAGCUGGACCAAUAUGUGCUUUGUCAUUGGCCAGCUGCUCGCCUCCGGGGUUCUCGCAGGCAUGUCGACCAACACCAGUCCGUGGGCUUACAGAGUGCCAUUUGCGAUACAAUGGAUCUGGCCUGCAUUUCUCUUCCCCAUACUCCUGUUCGCUCCGGAGUCGCCAUGGCAUCUUGUUCGCAAGGGUCGCAUCGAGGAUGCCCGCAAAUCCCUGAAACGGCUGAACGACCUGGACGCGGCUGAUAUCGAAUCUGAGCUUUCCCUCAUCAUCCAUACCAACGACCAAGAAGAGGAGCUUCUAAAGACGAAUAUCUCAUACUGGGAUUGCUUCAAAGGCGUUGACGCUCGCCGCACAGAGAUUGCCUGCGUUGCAUUUCUGGGGCAAGUGACCACGGGGCCUUGGUUCGCCGCACAAGGAACCUACUUCUUUCAACAAGUUGGCCUAACCACCGACCAAACAUAUCAUCUUAAUAUUGGCGGCAAUGCGCUGGGCCUCUUCUUUUGCAUUAUUUCUUGGAUUUUUAUUAUCCCAAAUUUCGGCCGACGCACUAUCUAUCUCUCGGGAACAGCUUUGAUGGCUAUCAUACUCUUCGUGAUAGCCAUACUAAACGUUCGCACCAACGUCAAGUCAGUUGGGAUGACGCAAGCGGUGCUUACCUUGGUUUGGACGUGCGCUUUUCAAGCCACCGUUGGUCAGAUUGGCUGGGCUCUUCCGGCUGAGGUCAGUUCCACCAGGCUGCGACAGAAAACAAUUGUGUUAGCCCGCAACACCUACUAUAUCGGCAGUGUAAUCGCUUCCGUUCUCCAGCCCUACUUUAUGAAUCCGACGGCGUGGAAUCUGAAAGGCUACACUGGCUUCUUUUGGGGCGGCACCGCUUUACUCACCUUGAUUUGGGCCUUCUUCCGCUUGCCUGAAACCAAGGGCCGGUCAUUUGAGGAACUCUUUGUACUCUUUGCCAAUCGUGUCCCGACACGACAAUUCAAAGACUACCAAAUCGACGUUUUCGAUACAACCGAGGGCGAAAAGGGAAAUGCCAUCCAUGUCGAUCAGGCCAAGGUGUGA